AUGCUCAACUUGCGACCAAGGUCUUCCCUCGUAGACAGUAUGAUUAAAAUUAUAGUGGCAGGACUUAAGCCAUUUCAAAAGAUUACACUUGGAGCCAACAUAGUCGGCGACAGCGGAGAAAUAUUUCAAUCUCACGCCCACUACAUUGCUGAUAAACACGCUGAAGUUGAUGUUUAUCGUUACUCGUCCCUGGGAGGAACAUACAGCGGUGUUGAACCCAUGGGAUUGUUAUGGAGCAUGAAACAGGCUCCAGGACAGAAGAAGGGCCUUCGACUUUUUAAAACAGAUGUUACCAAACCAUAUAACAUUGUCUUAAAGUGCUUUGAUGGUCAUAUAAGUCCGCAGCAAGGACAGCUGCAACCACUAUCAAGUACGACAUUUCAGAAGUGGUACAUGGCGAAGGGAGUCAGGAGAGUUCCUGUUAGAGAUGGACGAAUCCGAGGGACACUUUUCCUUCCUCCAGGAGAAGGACCGUUUCCUGGUAGGUCAAUCUUUAUUCACUAUUUAUAUUCCACAGUAUCAAAUGUCACAGAUGAAAGCAUUAUUAUAGGUGGUUUUCAUGCAUCCUCGGGAGACACAAAUAACAAUGGUGAAAUGAACAAAUGCUGGUGGACAAACAAAGCGAGCUAAUGAGCGAUCUUUUGUUUACCGUCCACCUGCAUGGCGGCGAUGACGUAACGUGAAAACCGCCUAUUAGGAUAUGGCACCAAUAACGACUUCGUCAAACUCUGAAAUCAGAAUAGCGAGGUCUUCUGGCAGGUUAAAUUUGAGUUUUAAUAAGGUCGAGUCCACAGCUUCUACGUUCGUAAUAAGAAUGAUCAGUGGUAGAAUUUGAAAGGCCUGAGAAUAUAAUGACUCAGUUGUAUUGAAAUAAACCAUGGAUGCGUGAUUGCCGUUUUAGGGAGUUAGUUGAAGUGAUCCUAUGCAAAUUCCCUUCUAGUUUGCUUUUAACCGCUUCGUUGAUUUUGGGGUGUCUAGAAAACGACGACCUAGAAAACGAUGACCUAGAAAACGACGACCUAGAAAACGAUGUCCUAGAAAACGACGACCUAGAAAACCAAUUUUGAUAAAUAAUAGUCAAACAAAAAAAAGUUUGAAAAAAAAAACGUGAGCAGAGGACCUUUAUAAAGGAAAAGGAAAACACUUGAAGAAAAGUUUGGUUAGAGGUGGACCGCGCAGAGCAAAAUUAAAAAUUUCACUUCGGUUCAUCUUUAAUUCUUCCAUCACUUUCACGCAAUGCACAAUGCAAUGUCCGAGACAAAACAAUAGCUCCUGCGACCACAUGUAACGAAGGUUUAUGCUGCCUAAGGGUGAAAACUUCCCAAAUUUUUACUUUUAGAAAUACUUCGUUCCCCACCCCCUGUUUAUUAACACACUCCGGGAUCGCUCAUGAAAAAUAACCCGAUAUACUUUUAAUCAGUAUACACUUUAUUGGCCACCACCCCACCCAGUUCUAGAGGGGGAGGGUGUUUCCUUAGGAACUGAUUAGCUCAAAUGACCACCACAAACCGCAUAAUAUCAAGCCAAGCUUUAAUAAUUAAUAUUAUUCGAUCUAGAAGAAACACAUUUAUAAUUCGCAAUCAGAACAAACACAAAUCGUCUUAAUCUCGUAGCUAAAUUCAGAAAACUUCAAUGUUCACUUAUUUCUGUGGCGGGUCGUUACAACAGUCGCACUUUACAGGUUAGCAAAUUCUUUUAACAGAUUCUUCAGGUAAGCGGAUUUAUAGACAGACUAAAUUAUUUUCUUUCCCACUUCGAUUCUACUGGAAAGCUGGUUUGAAACACAAUAACCUAAUACUUCUAAAUCAAUGUAUAGAAUUAAUGUCAAUCACGAUUCUUGUCAUCAAAUAAAUCUAUCAAUAACAGGCAACGCCUGUUUGAUAAACGAAACAGAAGGGAGACCUCGCGUACCUUGCAUUUCCAUUUCCACCGUUUUAUUCCUUGGCUUCAUACCCUUGACCAUUUUUUUUACAGAUAAUUUUCACUAUAUUUCUGUAAUUUUCCUUCUUCGCCCACCUCUCACCCAUUCAUAAUUCCCUCCUACCGUCCUCUUAUUUCCCGCCUUCUGUACUCCUCUAACCUCUUAAUCCUUCGAGCUACUUCAUCCCCGUCGCCGUUUUCUAGGUGGUCGUUUUCUAUGUUAUCGUUUUCUAGGUCAUCGUUUUAUAGGUCGCCGUUUUCUUAGUCAUUGUUUUCUAGGUCAUCGUUUUCUAGGUCAUCGUUUUCUAGGUCGCCGUUUUCUUGGUCAUUGUUUUCUAGGUCAUCGUUUUCUAGGUCGUCGUUUUCUAGGUCGUCGUUUUCUAGGUCAUCAUUUUCUAGGUCAUCGCUUUCUAGACACCCGUUGAUUUUGUGAUUCUUGCGAGGUUGAAGGAAUUUUCUUGCGGGCUAGGAUAUCCUUGAGAGAUUUUUCCUUCCUGUAGGAGACAAUCGGUGGUUGGUUAAAGAUUUGUUUAAGCUUAGGUUGCUGUUGAAUGAUGUGCCAGUGUUUCAUAAGAAUCUUUUUGAGAUUCGGCGUGGCCGGAUUGUAGGUUGUAACAAACGGUAAAACCUCUUUUGUUUGUUUUGUUUUGUUGCGAAGAGCCUCUUUUCUGUCAGUGAACUUAACUCUUAAGUCUCGUUUGCUUUGCUCAAAGUUCUCUCUAACUGAGUUAGUUCUUAAAAGACGUAAUGCUUCUCCUUUUACAAAACCCUUUUUGCAAUUUGAAGGGUGGCAAGAUGAGAGGUGUGUAAAUUGAAAAGUAAUUUUGAAUUUCCGAUAUUUUACAGCGCUUGGCUCCACGGUGGCCAGUCUCGGCAAAUACGUUAAAUUCAAGAAGAAAACAACCGAAUCCUUAUUUCAGAUCUUCUUUAAACAGUCUUAAACAGGAGCUGGUUAUGUUGAUUUAGAUACGUUAAUGAAUGCCGAAUGAAAAGUGAGAAUUUAAAAUUUGUUUUUAUAUUUCUAAGUGAUUGUGACUUCGUAAGCUGUUAAUUCUACGUCUUUCUAUCCUUCCUCUGGUCUCUUAUUUAUGAUAAAUAUAAUAAUUAAAGUAAUUAUUGUAAUUAAUCUGUAAUACCAUAUUUAUUAUUAUUUUGUAACAUUCUUUAAAUUAAUUAAUAUUGUAAUUUAAGUGAGACUUGAAUAUGUUGUAUAUUAUGAGUCUUCUGUAACGUUUCAUUUUCUGGGCUACUGUCGUUGAACGGUUUCAAAUUUCUUUUUUCAUUGCGCCACAGUUAAAACACUCUAUAGCCUCGGGCACGAAUUUUAUCAGCUCUGCCAAAAUUUGGCUUCCAUCAAGUAUAACAAAGCAUCGCUAACGAUUGAUGCCGGUGUAUGACAAUGGAUAAAAGAACGGAACAGGAAAAACAAUGUAGAUUAAAAGCAAUGGAUUCCCGUAUAUCAUAGUUAGUCCUCUCUACUAACUGCAAUCCUGAACAACAACUUAACACAACUAUACUUUAAUCAUUCAGUUACUAAAGGAUAAUGAUUUAUACCCGUAAAUAGCGGCAUUUCCGUCAAAAUUGCCAAUCUCAAAGGGCCACUUUGCCAUCUCAUUUGAGUUUUUGCUAACUUUCGCCAUUUUCAAAGCUUUCACCAAAUUCGCUAUUUUCGUCAAAACCGCAAAGGUUACCUUUAAUCGUUUUAUUUAACUUGUUCCGAAGGCUCUGGCGAAUUUUCGCCAAAUUCUCCAUUUUCGUCAAAAUCCCCACUUUUCAAGGGGCCCCUUAAGACAUAUUGUGUAGUUCCAGAAAACAUCCAUAUCCCCCCACGGAGGGCACUUUUGCUUUAGACCCCCCAUACCCCUGGAAUUUCCGUUCCGGGGGGGAGCUUGUCAUACCCCCACCCCUUGGAAUUUCCGUAUAUUUUCAACUUGGUUGGGUACUCCCUGGAAAGAAUAUUUGUGUCAAAAUGUUGUUGCACUAUCUUAUCAUGCGAAAGACAUUUUUUUCUGCGAUAAAAUGACAAAAAAAUAUUUUCCUUCAUGUUAAUACGGUGUCUAAUAAUCUCAAGGACAUUCUUAGCUAAUAAUUAACCAUGGAGGUGAUAACUUGCACUACUGACUACACGAAUAAUGUCAUCUGCAAAAGAACCAGUUACAUUCAAACUAAACACACCACGUGAACUUUCAUUACUUCAUUUUACUUAGGACAUGUUGCAAGAAGGCUUAGAACACGACCAAAUUACCGUGAAUCAAGUGUGUAAUAAGAUAAUAAACAACAGCUAGAUAACCGAAAGUUUAAUUGUAUUAAAGAAAACUAUCGCGUAAGCCGUGAGAAAAGCAUUUAGCCGUCUGUAAUAAAAGAUGAUCAAUACAACAAUAAUACUUGUUUUGAAUCACCGGUAACAGUAAAAUAACUGAUAGCUUUUUCAACAGAGAAGCUGUUAUCUAUUAAGAACUCACCAAUCUUACUCAGACCCCCUGGAAAAAACCUCUCUAAGCAAUCCCCCACCUCCUUGGAAAUUGUCUCCUUUUGGGCCCCCUCUCUCAUCGGAAUUUCCUUUGCUAGAAGUUUCCUAGAGGUUGGCCCGCGUUUAACAGCAGUAGGCUCUGUUGUUUGACUUUCCUGAAAUAAAUUGUAAUAAUUUACAUUGUUUACAUCUCAAUUUAGUCAAAGGGAGUGGUCUAUUGUCGGAAAAGUAGAAAACCAGUCUUGUUCCUUAAGUACGUCUCUUUUCGUUACGGCAACUUCUCGUGAGCUUUUUUCUUCAAGCCGAUUGGAAUCGCAGCAAUAAGUUGAAAAUAUUGAAAGAAAAUUCAGGUGCACAUUAUGUUUAACUUGUACAAUGGACAAGAAUUUUCCGUUUUCGUCUAAUAAACCUUGAACAGAACAAAUUCCUUGCUCAUAAAGAUGUCCCUAAAAUAUAUAUAUUUGUUGUUCCAAAGAAUGAAUUCACUUUUAUAGACAUCAGGGUGACUCACGGGCACUUCCUUAAAAUAAUCCAACAUUUCACUAUAAAAGAGAGGAGGUUUGUCUAAACGUUUGGAAUCAUAAUUUUUUUUAGUUAAAAAGGUAAUCCUCCAUAUCUAUUGAAAAAGUCAUUUGGGAUUGUUUGCCAUGAUUCAUUUGUACAGUUAAAAAGCCUGCCUAACCAGCUAAAAGCAGCGAUUUAACCACUGUGCGGAAGUUCGUAAAAUUCAGUCCACCACAGGACAGAAACUGAUACAUCACAGAUCUUGUUAUUUCAUUAUAUUUGUUUUUCUACAAGAAUUUCAUUUUUUCUUUCUUGUACCAUUUUAAUAACCAUUUUGGGAACACAGAGACUACAUGAACUAAUUUGGAUAAGCCCUGGCCAGGGUCUUAACUGACGUUGUGCGUCCAAUUAGAGUUAGGUCUCUUGUUUGCCAUAUAUUCAGCUUAGUGUCCAUUUUGUAAAUUUUGACAAAGAAAUUUAAGUUAUCGUUGCUAUCAUGUUUGUUUGAUAAACUUAUUCCUAAGUAUUUAAUUGGUUCUUUCACUAUUUUUGUGCUUUCGUUUUUGUCGUAUUUAACUCAAGAUCUGAUAUGGCACUAAAAUUAUUUUCAACAUUCAUGUUUUCUUUAAGCGCUUUUAUAUCCCUACAGAUGAGAGUGGUAUCAUCUGCGAAUUGACUAAUUUGGCUUCCACUAAUUGCGGUAAUUUUAUUCCUCGGCAUUCCGGGGACAGUCAUACUUUUUUGGCCAGAACCUCUACGCCUAAAACAAAUAUUGAGGGAAUUAGGGGGCAUCCUUGUCGAACGCCUCUAGAGACUAUUAAGUAAGGGAAGGUACGUUUUUAACUGGGGAAGGGGCUGUUGCUUCAGAGGGGAGGGUCAUCCAAUAUGAAAUGGGACUGUUGGGGAGGGUCAACCCUUAUUUUAAAAGGUAUUAAGGGAGAGUCAAGCCUUUUUUUUUUUACAGUGGUUUGUGUAAAUAUGUGUUCAGGUAACACAUUGAUGUCAUUUUUUCGUACUUUAAAGCUUCGUACCUGCAGCCCUUCCUAUAUAUUGAACGGGAACUUGUAAUUGCUCAAGAUUUCUGUUAAACAGCUGUUUUAUUACAGUUCAUUCAGCAGAUUCAUUCACUCUUUCUGUCUUUCUUUUUUCUUCUUGUUCUGCCAUGGCACGUAACUGUCGCUCAAUUCUCUCGAUGAUGUUGACAAUGUUUCAGAGCCUACAAUCCUUUAAUCGUCAUCACUUUCUGAGCCCGAAGUUAGCUGAAGUUUCUUCACGAAGUGGAGUAUCUUUCUCCAUGCGUGAUAAGAUCCUGCUAGCGAUAUGUACUUUAUAAAUGCUACUUUCUCUUGCUUCUUCCCCUUGACACGAUUCCAUGACGUACUAAAUACAAAUUAAGCUCAUGAACUUUCAACGACGAUAUUUGGUCAGAAUUAUACAAUUACUCUCAUUCAAUGUCGUUGUAAUCUUGUUUCCAACAGUAGCGUUUGCUGCCUUUCACUUUCAGCUCUUCGCUUUUCCUUACGCGUUUCAAUUUGAGCAAGGUGAUCAACAUAGCCCUUCACAAACUUCUGCGAAACAAUAUAGUUCCGAGACAAAUCAGCUACACUGUCUCCUGGAUUUAAUUUGUUUCCGUAUAACAUUUUUUCAUUUGAGCUCGGGGCUGACAAUCAUCAGGUUCGUGACCAUCGAUAGAUGUUGCUGUUAGUUGUAGGUUAUGGGAAUCAGUUAGCUUGUCAUAGUCAGGGAAGGGUCUUAGAGUUUCCGAUUGUGGUGAACCGGUGCAUAUGCAAUGGAAGGAUAGGAAUGGGGGAGGUCACGUGCUUACCACGUAAGGAAAAUGGGAGGGCUACGAAUUUUUUUAGAAAAAAGAUCAAAAAUACCUCAGCCCCCCCAAUUAAAAACGUACCUUCCCUAAUUAGUCGAGACGUAGCUUCCAUUUAAGACCGCACUUUCUACAUCAUUGUAUAGUACAGAGACCCAUGUUCCAAUAUAUUAGCAGAACAAGUAAAACUACAAAAGAAGUUAUACAAAAAGAUAAACGCAAACAAAACAAAAACAAAAAGACACAAAUUGCUUACCUCUCCUGUAAUUUACAAUAUAUAGGUGAAACUAAGCGACGUCUCAAGGACAGAUUUAACGAACACAGACGUGCAGUCGACAAAACUAACAUUAAUUCUAAACCCACUACUGUUUCUGAACACUUUCUCUCUCACUCUAACCAUUCUCAUACUGACAUGCAGUUAAUCCCACUGGAAAAAAUUCAUUCUUCACGUGACUCAGUUCGUAAGGCCAGGGAGUCGCAUUUGAUAGAUAAGGCCAUGACUCUUGAACCUCAUGGCCUAAACCGCCGUAACGAAUUAUUGUAAUCCAUAUCCUUAGUAUUUUUCCUAUCCAGUUUUUAUGUUGUACGUCAUUUCCGCCUCUCCCUUUUAUUGCGACAUUCUCCAUCUCUAUAAUAUUGUGAUUGCUACAUAAGUUCAGUAACAUCUGUAAACCUGAAGAAGGCUGGUAUGGCCAGCCGAAAUAUUGUUAUAAAAAACAAUAAACGUUGUUUUAAAUCAGCUUUGCUGUAGUCUUCGGACUUCUCGUUCUUGUUUCUUUAUAUUUUAGCUGAUUUGAUCUCUUUUCUAGAGAUCCAACGUUUACAACCAGCAGGAUCUUCGUCCACGGUUUUUGCAGUUAAUUUAAUCCUUUACCUCUCCUGUGUAUUAAAAUACCAACUGGACCAAAAAGAACUCAAAUCCGGUGCGAACUAGAGAGGUAAACAAAUGAAGUAAUGUACUAAGUAUGUAAAAAGUAAAUAAAUAAAAACUCGUCUAAAUUCACAAAUUACAUUAUUUUUCCCCUCUCGAACAAGCGAGCUCACGAACACGCGUUUAUCCUAGACGGCCGCUCGACCCAGUCCUGAUGUUGUUAUUGCAAUUAAAAUAAAUAAAAACAUUAAAAUAGACAUUUAUUUUUCAAAAAGGUUUUCAUCUAGAGAGAUAUAUAGUUGAACUGAGUUUUUUCACAAGUUAGACGAUACGAGUGAAAAAUGCACACGGGCCCACGUGCAAGAAGACCAACGCAUAUAUCUAUCUAUAUAUACGUCUCUCUAGAUGAAAACCUUUUUGAAAACGGGUGUAUAUAUAUUUUAUUUAUAUAUUUAUUUAUAUAAGAAUACUUCAACUUGUCAAAUCCCUAAUGUAACUGAAACCUGAAAAAGGUAGACAUAUUGAAUUCUGCAAGCAGAAUACUGCAAUGCUGAUCGUAGUACGUGAAAAUGAACUCUGCAAGACAUGAACACGACACCGAAAGAACUCAAAACAGAGCGGGAUUGUAGCCAUAGACAGCUGUUUCACCCUACUUGGGGCUCAUCAGUAUGGCGUAACAACCAGAAGUCUCUGGUGAAAAAUAUCCGCGCACUCUGAUCUAAGCUCUGACCCAGAACUCUCAACACCCACAGAAUCACGCCAUACCACGUGUCUUUUGGGAGGGGCAAGAGUCACCAACCUUAAACACAUGGACAAAACCAUGCAAAAAUGUACGGCAUAUUGGAUCUAUAAAAGAUCUACGGCCCCAGAAUACAUAAAGUACAAACAUUAACCACAAAGGACUGUAGGGAGUGCCUUUCCCCGGGGCAUCAAAGUGAUGAAGCCACUGUUUUCCGGUGGCAAGCACUACUGACUACGCUUUCAAAUAGUUAAAAAAAAGCCAUAGUGUAACCUAGAACCUUUCACCAAGAAAAAUAUUGUAGCUGGUUACCAAAACAUAUUGGAAUAAUCUGAUCGCUUAUUAUUAUCUACACAAACCAUAAAAUCAAAUUCGGUCUUUCACUUUCUCAGUGACACGGCAUCACUGCCAGUUCUCUCAGAGCAACAAUAUACCAAAAUACUGGUUCUCUUUAUUCUCCAGGUGUCAUAGACAUGCUUGGGGAAGUAGGAGGACUUGUGGAAUACAAGGCGUCUCUCUUAGCGUCUCAUGGAUUCGCUGCUCUUGCCCUAGCCUAUCUCAAUUUCGAUGAUCUACCAGAUGGUCUUACAAAUGAAUGUGAUAUGGAGUACUUUGAGGAGGCAGCCAAUUGGCUAAGCAGUCACCCUAAGGUUUUACCUCAUGGGAUUGGUGUUCACGCUAUAUGUGUUGGAUCAUACAUCGCCUUAUUAAUGGCAAGUCUUCAAAUGAAAGCUGUUAAAGCCGUUGUGGCCAUUUCACCUCUUGUGCAUUCUUACCCUUCACCAUUUAAAUACAGAGGAAAGAUCUCAAAGGUGUCUCCUUUUGAACACAGCAAGAAAAUACAGACGGAAGAGGGAAGUAUUUGGCGUUAUGCCUUUCCAACAAUCACCAAUCUCGACACCCCAGUUUCAAAGUACCCUUACCUAACACCAGUUGAGAAUAUUUCAUGUCCUCUUCUGCUUGUCUGUGGUACUAACGACCUCCUCCUUAAUGUCGACUUUUCGGUGAACCUGAUACAAGAUCGUUUAAAGAAACGUGGCAGAGAAUAUUUGUGCUCCGUCUUAUGUUAUCCUGGCGCAGGACAUCUUAUUGAGCCACCAUAUACACCACACUGCUAUGCCAGUUACACAUCAAACACGGGUGAAUGGUCAGGUGAUUUCUCCUUAGUGUGGGGAGGGGAGAUGAAGUGUCAUGCAAGAGCACAAGAAGAUGCUUGGCCAAAAAUUUUAGCUUUCCUGAAAAGAAACAUUAUUGCUUAA